AUGGCAAAGACGCACCUGAUCUCUACCGCGAGACAAGCGAUCAAAGAAAGCCCAAAAGAAAUAUUCAACUGGUACCUAUUCUUUUGCUGUGCAAUCAUCAGUUUUAGCGGCGUCGCGAAAGGCACUGCAAGCAACAUCGCCAGCAUCGUGGUGAUGCCGGCAUUCAAAGAGCGAUUCCACAUAGCUCACCAGUCCGAGGCCGAGUACGCCGACACCAAAGGCUGGAUCGUGUCAAUUGCUACGGCAGGAGCAGUGUUUGGGUGUCUUUCGUGCACGUGGUGUAACUCCCACUUCGGUCGUAAGAUCACGCUACAGAUAUACACAGUGAUCUACAUUGCCGGGAUCUUUGGCCAGACAUUCAGCGGCGGCUCUCUUGCUGCUCUCUAUGUCAGCCGCAUCAUCAGUGGUUUCGGGAUUGGAGGGACGACGAUUGUGCCCAGCGUUUAUCUUGCAGAGAUCGCCCCCAAGUCCAUUCGAGGCCUCAUCACGAUCCAGUACGCUUCCUGCCAGCAGCUGGGUGUUGUCUUCGGAUUCUUCUUCAAUUAUGGCAUCACCAAGAGCUUUGCAGGGACUCAAACUCAAUGGCAGCUCCCAACAGCGCUUCAAAUUGUGCCUGCGGUAAUCUGGGGAGUCGGAACAUUCUUCGUGGCAGAAUCUCCUCGAUGGCUCCUCUCCGUAAACAAACGCAGCGAUGCUAUUCGCAGCUUAGAGCGGAUCCGCCAUCUUCCAAGAGAACAUCCUCUCCUAGUUGGCGAGCUCGGUGCGAUGGACGUCCAGCUGGAGAAUGAGAUUGAGUCUGUUGCCGGAGCCAGCCAGCUCGAUCUCCUCAAGGAGACGUUGGCUACGCCAGAGAACAGACGCCGCUUCAGCCUGAUGUUCCUGGCUCACACAUUUGGGCAAUGGUCAGGUGCUAACGCCAUCACUCAGUACUCACCGACCAUCUUUGGCUAUCUCGGAGUGGCAAGCGGCGACACGACGUUCCUGGCUACUGGGCUCUACGGUGUUGUCAAGUUCGCUUCCGUUCUGAUCUUCAGUGUCUUUGUGGUGGACUUUGUCGGUCGUCGACGAUCCUUGCUUACUGGUAUCAUCCUCCAAACCGCCACCCUAAUCUUCAUCGCCGGGUAUCUCGGAGCCACGACAGGAAUGACGGCAGCGGAGAUUGAAGACGACGGAAAUCUCGUACGAGCGAGCACAGCGGCCAUUGUUGCAAUCUACCUUCACGCUGUGGCAUGGUCGAUUGGCUGGUUCUCCUUGCCGUACCUCAUCAACUCUGAGAUCUUCCCGACUCGGAUCCGCUCCUUCAAUGUAUCAAUCUUCAUGGCCCUGCAUUGGGCGUACUACUUCGGAUGCUCGCGAGCCAUGCCGAGCUUGCUUGCUGCGACUGACCGCUAUGGGGCAUUCAUAUUCUUCGCCAGCAUCUGUGCGUUGUCGCUGGUGUUUGCAUUCUUGUGCAUGCCCGAGACAGCAGGGAGAUCAUUGGAAUCUCUGGACUUACUAUUCGAGCGGCCUCUGCAUACCGUCUGGAAGGUGGCUUAUCCAAGCACAGAGGAUGUGAUCGAUGAUGCGAUCGUUGGCCAAAAGGCUUUGGAGGCGGACGAUGCAUUCCACGUGGAAAUCAGGUAUUGA